UAUAGCCCACAUAAAACAUAGCUACAGUACCUACAUACAUACCAGGCAGAAUAUAGAAAAGGCAAGAAUAAUCGAAAUAUGAUAUCUUCCGGAUAUACAGCUGGAUUCAAUAAACAUAUGGACCAAAGCUAAGAGGUGCAUUCGCGGAUCGUUUGUAACAGUGCCGAUUUUCUGAGAUUCUAGCUAGCUAACAGUAGCUAGAAUGAGGAUGCCUGAGACGGGGAGAUAAAGACUUCACCGGAGCAGAGUGUGUGCUAGAGCCAGGGGCUGGGGCCUGACCAGAGACCCCCAGAGGCCCCCAACUGGGGGGGAGGUCCAUGGGGACUAUGGGGGACCUGGGAGGCUUCACCACCACAGGGGAGAGGGUGAACCCGGCCCACAUCUUGUUUGACCGCUUCGUCCAGGCCUCCACUUGCAAGGUCACGCUCAAGGCCUUCCAGGAGCUCUGUGACCAUCUGGAGCUCAAGCCCUGUGAGUACCGGGUCUUCUACCACAAGCUUAAGUCCCGUCUCAACUACUGGAAGGCCAAGGCACUCUGGGCUAAGCUAGACAAGCGGGCUGGCCAGAAGGAGUACAAGAAGGGACGUGCAUGUACCAACUCUAAGUGUUUGAUCAUCGGGGCAGGACCAUGUGGCCUGCGGACGGCCAUCGAGCUGGGCUUCCUGGGCGCCAAGGUGGUGCUUUUGGAGAAGAGGGAUGCCUUCUCCAGGAACAACGUGCUGCACCUGUGGCCCUUCACCAUCCAGGACCUCCGAGGACUCGGGGCCAAAAAGUUCUACGGAAAGUUCUGCGCCGGAGCCAUCGACCAUAUCAGUAUCCGGCAGCUCCAGCUGAUGCUGCUGAAGGUGGCCCUGCUCCUGGGCAUCGAGAUCCACGUCAACGCGGAGUUCAAGGGUCUCAUCGAGCCACCCGAGGACCAGGAGAACGAGAGGAUAGGGUGGAGGGCUGAGGUCCUCCCCAGGACACACCCAGUCAACGAGUUGGAGUUUGAUGUCAUCAUCGGGGCAGAUGGGAGGAGAAACACGCUGGCAGGGUUCAGGAGGAAGGAGUUCCGGGGCAAGCUGGCCAUCGCCAUUACAGCCAACUUCAUCAACAGGAACACCACAGCCGAGGCAAAGGUGGAGGAGAUCAGCGGAGUGGCCUUCAUCUUCAAUCAGAAGUUUUUCCAGGACCUCCGUGAAGCCACGGGAAUUGACCUGGAAAACAUUGUCUACUACAAGGAUGACACGCACUACUUUGUCAUGACUGCCAAGAAACAGAGCCUGCUGGAGAAGGGAGUCAUUCUGCAUGAUUAUGCGGACACAGAGAUGCUGCUUUCCAGGGCUAACGUGGACCAGGCAGCUCUGCUAUCUUACGCCUGCGAGGCCGCAGACUUCUCCACCAACCACCAGCUGCCCACGCUGGACUUUGCCAUCAACCACUACGGCCAGCCCGACGUGGCCAUGUUCGACUUCACCUGCAUGUACGCCUCAGAGAACGCGGCGCUGGUACGCCAACGCAACGGACGCCAGCUACUGGUGUCUCUGGUGGGGGACAGUCUACUGGAGCCCUUCUGGCCCAUGGGCACUGGUAUAGCCCGGGGUUUCCUGGCAGCCAUGGACUCAGGCUGGAUGGUGAAGAGCUGGGCCCAGGGAAACACAUCUCUGGACGUGCUGGCUGAGAGGGAGAGCAUAUAUCGCUUGCUGCCUCAGACAACGCCAGAGAACAUCAAUAAGAAUUUCAGUCACUACAGUGUGGACCCCACCACGCGCUACCCUAAUAUUAGCCUCCACUUCCUCAGGCCCAACCAGGUACGACACCUCAUAGACACAGGGGAUUCAAGUAGGGAAAUGCUUAUCGAAAUGGAGAAUGUAGUCAACUCGUCAACACCCAAGCUCACCCGAAAUGAAUCCAUAGCUCGCUCCAGCAAGCUGCUUAACUGGUGUCAGAGGCAGACGGAGGGCUACAGAAAAGUCAGUGUGACCGAUCUCACCAUGUCCUGGAAGAGUGGCAUGGCCCUGUGUGCCCUCAUCCACCGCUACAGACCUGACCUCAUUGACUUUGACUCUCUGGAUGAGCGGGACCAGCAGAAGAACAAUCAGCUGGGCUUUGACGUGGCCGAGAGGGAGUUUGGCAUCUCACCUUGCAUGACGGGCAAGGAGAUGUCCCAGGUGUCGGAGCCUGACAAGCUCUCCAUGGUCAUGUACCUCAGCCAGUUCUACGAGAUGUUCAAGGACACAGUGCCCCCUGGGGCCGGAGGGGACCAGAACAUGAGCCCUGAGGAGAAAGCUGCGUUGAUCAACAGUACCAAGUCCCCCAUCUCCUUCCUCAGCAAGCUGGGCCAGAGCAUCGCUAUCUCACGGAAGCGUAACCCCAAGGACAAAAAGGAGAAGGAGGUGGAUGGUUUGGGGAAGAGGAGGAAGACCAGCCAGGCUGACCACUCUGAAGACGAAGAGGUUUUGAGGGGUAACCGUGACGACAGGCCAUCUAACAGUACUGCUCUGACAGAAAGGAAGAUGAAGGAAGAGUCAGCAGCUGUAGGGAACCACAACAAAGUCAAGUCCAUGGCCACCCAGCUCCUCGCCAAGUUUGAGGAGAACGCCCCCGCCGAAUCCAAGGGCCUCAAAAGACAGGGUUCCCUGAGGAAGGAGUUCCCCCAGAACAUCGGGGGCAGUGACGUGUGCUUCUUCUGCCGGAAGCGUGUGUACGUGAUGGAGCGGCUGAGUGCCGAGGGCAAGUUCUUCCACCGUAGCUGCUUCAAGUGUGACUACUGCGGCACCACACUACGCCUUUCGUCCUACGCCUUCGAUGUGGAGGACGGGAAGUUUUACUGCAAGCCCCACUACUGUUACCGCUCGUCUGGUCAGGCUCAGAGGAAGAGGCCGGCACCGAUCCCUGCUCUGCUCAAUGCUAAGGACAACCAGGGGUCCUUGCCCGCGGCGGUCACCGUGGACUCCCCCGGGAGGGGGGCGAUGGCAUCCCCUUCCCCCACCGAGCGCCGGUCCUCAGUCCCGGAGGUGAACGGGCUGCAGGAGCCCAGUCUGGCUAAGCGUCUGCGGGGCACUCCGGAGCGCAUCGAGCUGGAGAACUACCGUCUGUCUCUACAGCGGGAGGAGGACCUAGAGGAGGUGCCAGAGGAGACGCUGGCCGAACACAAUCUAAGCAGUGUGUUGGACAAGGACGCGCACGCAGACCUGGGCUCCAGCAGCUCUGAGUCUGACAUGGAGGAGGAGGACCAGGAGGAAGAGGAGCAACAUGAGGAGGAGCAGCAGGAGCCCCCCAGCCCCUCAGACCUGGGAGGAGUGCCCUGGAAGGAGGCUGUGGAGCUCCAUGCCAAGCUGAAGACUGACAGCGACCCAGGGGCUGAGGGAGAGGAUGGAGAGGGAGAGGACGAGACACAUGGUCACAUCGCUAGGGAUCUAGAAGUGGAGGAGGAGGAAGAUGACGAAGAAGAGGAGGAGGACGAUGAGGCGGAAUCCACUGAUGCCAGAAACCUGCAGAUCCAGCAGGUGCUGCAGCCUGUGGAUCCGACGGGCAUUAAGAAUCUCAGACGAGUCUCCGUACUGUCAGAGGGGGACAAGGAGGAGCCUCCUGCCUCGGCCUCCCAGCCAUCCACCACGCUCACCCAGUCCCCCUUCACAGAGCCCUGUGAGGAUGAUGACCCGGAAGCAGAAGUGGGCAGCCGUGAUUUUGAGCCAGGCACCGAGAUGGACCAGGAGGACAUUCCCUCUGACGCGGAGGCUGAGGCUCGUCUGCACCAGUCAGAGCUCAGUGAUGCGCUUCCUGAAGAGGACAAGAAGUCGCAGAGUCAGGGGAUCGCCUAUAGCAUUGAACAAACUAGUGUCAGUCCGGUGGAGUUAGAUGGGGAAGUUGUGCUCUCGCCAGUCAAACCACCACCUCCACAGCCUGAUUUACAGAUGUCUCACACGUCUCCUCCCUACCUGGUCAAAUCACCCGGCAUGCGCUUUUUCCCAGAUCCCUUUGCAUCGGAGAACGUCACAAUACCCCAGAGGACAGUUCACACUCCCAAUGCCAAGAGCCCCCAAUACGCUACCCCUGCCCCGUCCCCCAUUCACUCCCCUGUUCAGUCCCCUAUCCGCUCCCAGCCUAUCCCACUGCCUGAGACGGUCACCCCAAAAUCCCCUGUCACCUCUCCGCCCUGCUCCUGCCCCCCGACAGGGAACCCGCUGUCUCCCAUCUGUGCCCAGCCGCUGCCCUGCCACGAGCCCUCCUCACCCCUCAGCUCGGACUCCCCUGUCAGAACUCAGCCUGUCCCUGCCAUCACCUCCACGCCGCUGGCCAAACCAGCCUCCUCUGACAGGACUACCCCCGAGCCUCAAAAAUCUCUGGACCUCACAGACGAAACUCCACUGAAGAAGACGGACAUCAUCGAGGAGUUCUGGCUGAAGAGUGCCGAGAUCAGGAAGAGCCUGGGUCUCACCCCACUGGACCGUAGCAGCAGCAGCAAAGCCCCAGAGAAGUGUCAUGUUACUGUGGGUAAGGUUCCCACUCCGGACUCCCCCUCGACCAAGUCCUACACCCCAGAGGAUCUCUCGGAGGAGCUUAGGCCUUCCCCUUCUCCCUUCACCGGUCGCUCGGUCAUUCGCAGGCUGAACAUUACGGUGGAGGGCCAGGUCAUCUCCCCUGCGGAGCCCAAGAGCAAUGGCUCAGAACGGAGGGACCUCAGCAGCAGCUCCGGCCUAGGCCUCAACGACAGCACGGCCACCAACCAGAACAGCCAGGCGGCCAGUGACAGCUACCACACUUCCGACUCCACCAUGCUCACCCCGCCUUCCAGCCCCCCGCCGCCCCCGCCCAACGAGGAGCCAGCUACUCUCAGGCAGCAGCAGAAGCACCAGGUGUCCUGGGACAAUGGGAUCGAUGGCCCCACUACACCUGAGCCAGCCAAGGCGGCCCCCACCAAGACCAACAGCCCUGUGCCUGCACCGAGGACCCAACUCAGCCCUGUGUCUAUGCCAGUAUCUGCGCCCAAGCCUGCCCCCAGGACAACACCGGUCACCUCGCCGGUCACAGCUCCGGUCACUCCAUUGGUGGUCAUGAGACGGGAGAAGAGCAGCAAACCACGUCGGGAGGAGGUGAGGAAGUCAUUCGUGGAGUGUGUGGCGGAGAUCCCGUUUGCGGACGAUGUGGAGGACACGUACGACGAGCGGACGCCGGACACAACCAUGGACAGGUUCUACACUCCGCCCAGCAGCAAGCCCAACAGGGAAAGGGAGAAGCGUCCCCUGCACCUGGCCCUGGCCAUGGAAAACGGAAAGCCCAUUUUCCCUGUGAACCAGCAGGCCUCGAAGAGCCAGAAGGCCCAGCAGUUCUCCCCUGAGGCCAAGGAAAUAGCAGAGGAACGGAUGAGAGCCAGAGAGAAGUCCAUCAAGAGCCAAGCUCUGAAGGAAGCCAUGGCCAAGCAGCUCAACAAGAUGAGAGAGACGGACACGGCCAAGGGCGCCGCCGCCGCGGCUAAAGUGGUGUGGAACGUGGCCUCAUCAGAGACUUCCGGGAAAAGUACUAAGAAGUCAUCCGGUUCUCCAAAGACGUCUGCAGUGAAAUCUCUUGAGUCAAAGAAGGGUGAGACUCUACCAGAGCGUUUCUUUAGCAGUCAGGGUAACAAGAGUCUGGACAGCUCGACCGUCUCCUCCGACGGCUCCGCCUCGGGGGGCAAGAGCAAGAAGCGCAGCUCGCUUUUCUCACCGCGCAAGAACAAGAAGGAGAAGAAAGCCAAGAAUGAAAGCCAGCUCUCCGCCAAGCAUGGCACAGACGAGACGCCGUCGCCGCCCAAACACAAGUCCCUGUGGAAGGCGGUGUUCUCGGGGUACAAGAAAGACAAGAAGAAGAAUAAGGACGACAAGUCAUGUCCCAGCACGCCAUCCAGCUCCAACACCAACGACUCCGGGAAGAAGCGAUUGUCGCCUCUCGGCAGGUCGUCAGAUUUGAAGUCGCGCAGAAACCUGAGCUUCUCUGAGGACUCGGAUCUGUCAUGUGAUGAUGUGCUGGAGAGGUCUUCUCAGAAGUCUAGGACAGAUUCUGUUUAUGUCCCUCACGCAUUGGCGUUCAAGAGAGCGUACGCCACCAAGAAAACCUACACAGAGGAGGAGCUCAAUGCCAAGCUGACACGUAGGGUACAGAAAGCUGCCCGGCGACAGGCCAAGCAGGAGGAGCUGAAGAGACUGCACAGAGCCCAGACCAUACAGAGGCAGCUGGAGCAGGUGGAGGAGAAGCAGAGACAGCUGGAGGAGAGGGGCGUGGCCGUGGAGAAAGCCCUGCGAGGGGAAGCAGGGAUGGGAAAAAAGGACGACCCCAAACUCAUGCAGGAGUGGUUCAAACUGGUCCAGGAGAAAAACGCCCUGGUGCGAUACGAAUCUGAGCUGAUGAUAUUUGCACGAGAACUGGAGCUGGAGGAUCGUCAGAGUCGACUGCAGCAGGACCUGAGGGAGCGCAUGGCAAUUGAAGACCACCUGAAGACGGAGGUGGAGCUGGCGCAGGAGAAGCACAUCCUGAAUGAGAUGCUGGAGGUGGUGGAGCAGAGAGACUCCCUGGUAGCCCUCCUGGAGGAGCAGAGGCUCAGGGAGAAGGAGGAGGAUAAGGACCUGGAGUCGGUCAUGCUCUCUAAGGGUUUCAACCUCAACUGGUCCUGAAACUAGACGCACCAUCCACCCCCACUCAGAUAAUACACUACCCCUCCCGUGUCAGGGCUCAGUGAAGGCCUAAAUCACGGUUCCAUGCUUGGUCCCAGAUUCCUCAGCAGAGAAUGUGUACAGAACGGAGUUGUCCUUUCACGGCCCUUUUGUUGGCGAAUGUGCGCAGAGUUGUCCUAUCAUGGCUCCGCUAUUGGAGCAGUCUAAAAUGUUUACAUAUCUACUCUGCCACCAGGCAGGCAUCAUUACCUAGUGAUAUCUCACCUCACGGUGGGAGGAGCAACUACAGCCUGGACUUUCUCAGAACCUCAGAAGUUCUUUCGACGUGGUUCUCCAGAACGGGGAACUUACCUCCUCUAGGAAGAAUGUUUUUUAUUUUUUAUUUCUUUUAAUCUCGAUCACACAAAGGGAAGAAAGAGGUUUGGUCCUGCUGAUGUAAAGAAAUUCAAUAUAUGAUAACGGUUUCUGUGUAUUGAAUGUGCAUGACACAACACAUUAAAGAAGCUGUGGUUUUAGAUGAGGGUAGGCCCUUGAUCUAUCGACUGUUACAGGGUUUCUGUAGAAAGGGGAGGAGUGGACCGAAGCCUCUGGUCUCUCUCAUCCUAACCUAAUGACAUCCUCUGCCAUUGUGAAUGCUGACUGAGGGAGGGACAUCCUCUGCAUUAGCUGGCUUUCUCUCCAAUUACACAGUGGCUUCCAUGUUCUGAGGAGCCAAUGAGGAUCACACUCUAAAAGGCCCGUCAUUUUUUUGCACAGAGAUUCACACUAAGAGUCAACGCUAAGGAUCAAUGGAAUCUGGUCACUUAGACGUUUUCAAUUGUGUAUUUAUUAGCGUUGUUUUUACAAAGAACCUGAAUGAACUGUUUUUGGUAUUUUCGUUCAUGGAAGAGAGUGCCUGAACUGGUGGCUCAACAGAAUGCACUUGCGCUCUCUUUAUGACAUUGACAGCAAGGAAGCUAACGGAAAACUCCAUCACCCAGAAGCAAGUGCGUGUCAGGACUGUAUGCUGCUGCAGGCUCGUAUAGAAGCAUAUCAUGUGUUACAAAGUGCACGUUUUGUCAUUGCAGCUGACUUUAAAGGCGAGUCGGGACUGACUGAUCUACAAAUCACCUUGCAUCAUAAAUAACUACUCAAUAUUAUUUGUAGCUCAGUCAGUCACUAUUUACCCAUGAUACAUCACGGUUUUGAUGCUCUAACCUGUAGCAUAGAUGAAUUGACACAUGAACACUUCAGCAAGCAACCCACUUGACACAUCUCUUAGGCUCCUAGUUCUGAGUGAUAAUGUGUCCUUCUCCAUAUGAUGCCUUUCCCUGUAUAUCACAUAAAAAUGUCAGUUUAUAUAAUCAUUUGCCCUUAUUCAAUACUAAUUGGCAUAUACUGUACCGUGAAAUAUCCUCAGUGUAGAUGAAAUGUUAAAAAGAGAAAGACAUAGCAGUCGAGUUAAUUUGAUCUCAGAAGAGGCAGUGUCUUAUUGGACUUCCACAGUAGAUCAGUGCAUCGUGUUAUCAUCAUAAUACCAGAAGUGAACUGACACAUCCCUAACUGGUGUCACAGUACAGUUGUGUCAGUGAAUAUUUUGCAAUAUCAAAGGGGAUAAACCACAACUCGAACACAGCCUCUGGCUUCGCUAUCCCUGGGGCUGAGGUAUAUGACCUGCUUUGGAGCAAAAUGCCUUUUUAAUUUGUUUGAAUAUUUUACAGUUUUCUUUUGAGUUUCAAACUUGUAUGUAUCCCACCAGGGUACAUAUAACUUUUUUGUUAAUCCUUUUUAUACAACUACAGGUGGCCAAACAGCAGUCAUGAGUAGAAGUGGAGACACGAAGCUGCUCUAUUGUUCGAAGUAAACCGCUUCUAUUCAGUCACAGGAGCAUGUACAUUUGUUUGUCAUACGAACCUACUGGCCUUUCUGCCAAACUGUAAACCUUUGGUUGGUCACUGUUUUUUUUGCUGUAUAGAGUUACACACAGUGAGAAAAUGUGUAGGAAUUAAACGGAGCUGUGAAUACAAAAAAAGUUACAUUUCAAGGCUUGGUGUUUUAGAUGGAGUGUGAUACGUUUGACAGAUUGUAUUGAUAUUUAUUAACAUGUGUGCAAAAAUGUAUCAUAUGUAAAGAAAAAUAAAUCCUAAUUUUUAAAACACAUGGCAGAUAUGUAAAUGCUUAUUCAUGUAGCUAAAAUGCAUAGAGUGUUGGAUGUAUGCUGAAACGGCAAUAAAACCAUGCAGUUAUUUUAAAAA